UUUAGCAAUCGUGGUUUUACAUAAUUUGUUUGAUCAAUUGGUAAUAGUACGAGUAACUCCUCUACCUUAUUAUAUCAUCUCUCCUUUUUCUUUAAUGUGGGACACUCAUACAAAUGAGCUAUAAUGAGUUUCAACAUUAGUUGUGGCUCUUAAUUAGUUGUUUUUAAGUAAAAAAUUAGCUUUUAACUUUUGACUUUUGACUGAGAGCUAGCUAGCUAGAAAGCCAACAAUUAAACAUAUUUUUUAACUGUGCAAUCAAAUUUUAAAAACCAAAAGAUUGGCAAAUAGCUAUUUGUCAAACACCAAAAAGAGUUUGUGCACUACAUUAUACUCCAUAAUAUAUCAAUGCUGACACAUCAAAAGAAUGAAAGAUAAAAUAUCUCUCACAACUAACAUAAAAUCAUACAUAAAUAACAAUGUAACAUGAAUACAUCCUGUCAAAAAAAAUAAAAAAAAAAAUAAAAAUAAAAACAUGAUACACAAACCUAGUAAAUCAUAUUAGAUGAUUACAAUUCCACCGAUAUAUUGUGUGAGAAACUUCGUAUGUUGUAUUUUUAUUUACCAAAUCAACCUUAUUCUAAUUAAACUAAAACGAAUCGAAAUCAAUCAAACCGAAAUUAAUUGACCAAAAGUCAUUUGACUUGAAUUCAACCAAGUCAAACCCAUUUUGAUACAAUACGGAUUUAUACAAACCUAAUAAGAACUAAUUCGAAAUUGACUCGACUUAAACAUGACCCUGACUCGACAAAUCUUGUAAUCUUGACUCGAAAUUGACCCGUUGAAUCAAACAAUGCCGAAGCAUGUAGUAACCCCCAAAAUUUUGUUGAGAAGAAUGGAGAAUCGGAAUUUGGCUAAUGGAUUUAACCUAGUCAACCACUCAAUUACCAGCCCAUAAUCACAAUCAGUCCGGUCUGACCCGCUUAAUUGUUUACCCGUCUCAUUUAAUUCAAUCCAAACAUUUCAAUCGAACUCAAAAAAUUCUCAUUUUAUAUCGCGGGAACUCCCAACUCUCUCGCCACUUUCAAAAACUCAACCUCCAUUGUCAUCGCCAUUUUCAACUCAACACCUAACUCUCUCUCUCUCUCUUCUUUCUCUCUCUAAAAUAAGAAUCCUAUUGCAAUGUCGGCGGCGAAAGGGAGCGGCAAGAAGCGAACAGAAGCUGAAGCUCAGCAGUCCGAUAAACGAAAGCGAGAGUUUCAGGAAGAUGACGACAUUUUCGACAACGAGCUUUCCAGCGAGAUCAAAGGAAUUUUCUCAGUGCUGCAACAAAUCAGAGAAAAAGCUGCAAAAGACGGCCAGAAGAAGAAGGAAGAAACUAUUUCUAGUGUCGCUUCUGAGAUCAAGUCUAUGUUUGAGGAGCUGAAGGCAAAGAUUGAAAAAGAAAGGCAAACUUUUGCAAAGGCAUUGACAAAGAGCUCAAAGGAGUGUGAAAAUGCACUGAAGGAAGAGACUGUCAAUUUCCAAGGAGUUUAUGAGAAAUUCAGCAAAGAGAAAGCAACAUAUCUGCAAUCACUGAAGGAUACCAUUUCCAAAUAUGAAGAAGGGAAGGAAAGGCUCUUCGUGCGAUAUGAACAACAAAGGAAGAAAGAGAAGAGCAUGAUACAAGAAAAGGAAAAGGCGUGCACAGACAAAAUUGCUGAGUUGGAGGAGUCUUUGAAGAAGAAGAAACAGGACGACAAAACUUUCAGCCUUCUAAGGAAGACUCUGGGAUCCUUUCUCGAGACUGGUUCAGAUGACGAAUUUGCACAAGAUGAGUAAAAGAGUGUUAUGGUUUAAGACCUUAUCUUUCACCUACAUUAAUGUAGAGAACGACAAAACUUUUGAUUCUGCAAUGUCUUUGUAUAGGCGAUUAGCCUUUUGCUUUCCUUCAAGCAAACCUUGCAACAUGAGUAGUGACUGAAUUACAAUGAAGUAGACAUACAUUAUCUACAUAUAUUAGAAGCAAGUGGCGCUUGUGCUGUAAAUUCCUGCAGAUUAGUUAGGAGACUCUUUGAUCAGCUUAAUAACAACUGUCAAAGCACGAGGAAAUAGAUUGUACUAUCGUAGUGUCGGGUAAGGUCUAUUAUUGACUCUGCAAUGUUAUCGUAUAGUCGAGUAACCAUUUAUCUUCUAUCAGGUGUCAGUCCUGGCAUGUUUUUGAAUUUUAGUGAAGCAGAACAAUACAUUGUCUGCUGCAA